AUGCAGUCGAUCAAAGUCUUUGCGAGCCUGCUCUGGGCUUUGAACGUCCAAGCGAAACACGUCUGGCGAUACAACAUGACGGUUACCUCCGCCUGGGGGGAAAUGGAUGGCCACGGUCGGCCCAAGUAUUACAUCAAUGGUCAAAGCCCGGGCCCACUCAUUACAGUCCGCGAGGGCGAUGAAAUGGAAGUUUUCGUCACCAAUUCGCUUGCCAUCGAGACCACGAUGCAUUGGCAUGGAGUCUAUCAGGUCGACCACCCGUGGAACGACGGGGUCCCAGGAGUAACGCAGUUUUCCAUCCAACCCCGAGACAAUUACACCUAUCGCUGGACUGCUCAGAAUCAGUACGGCUCCUAUUUCUACCACGGGCACUUCGGCCCAGCUUUCGCAGAUGGAAUGCGUGGUCCCAUCUGGAUCAUCCCCGCGGAGUCACGCGAACGACCAUACGAGCUUAUAUCAGACUCCAAGGAAGACCUCGCGGCCAUGAAGAAAGCCGAAGAAAAUCCUCGCCAUAUCGUUACGAGCGAUUGGAACGCGGAAGGAAUGGACAUUCUCCUCAUCCAGUACCGCGACACAGGGUUUGCCCCUUGGUGUUCGAAUUCCUUGACAUUGAACGACAGAGCACAAACAUACUGCCAUUCAGCUCGGGACAUUGAAGACGCCGGUGGGCCCGAUCGCAACGACCUGGGAUGCAUCUACAAGGUCCCCGGCUACGAGUUUACGAAUCCACUCGAGUGCGAGCCGACCAACCCGCCGAUGGAGGUUGUUCAACAGCAAGAACGCGAAGAUUGGGUCUGGAUCAACUUUAUUCACUCGGGUGCUCAUCACGAGCUGUCUAUCAGCAUCGAUGAGCAUGAGUUCUAUGUCGUCGCGGCCGACGGUGAAUUUGUAUCUCCCCAAAAGGUCAAUCAGAUCAACGUGAAUCUUGGGGAACGAAUCAGCAUAUUGGUCAAGAUGGAUAAAUCACCGAAGGACUACGCCAUUCGCUUGACUUCGCUGAGUCCACAGCAAAUCGUCCAGGGCAUCGGUCUUCUCAGAUAUCACCGUCACGGUGGACACGCCGAUGCGACCAACACCACCGUACCAUUGACGAAGCCUUGGGUCCAUCUCAACGGCACACUGAUUUCUGAAAACUCCAAAAAGAUGAACGAGACGGCACUUGCGCCUUUCCCAGCUCGUCCACCGCCACUACGCUCAGAUACGACAUUGAAGUUCAUAGUCAAGAUGACCGGCCCUUCGACCUGGGUGCUGCACUCUUCGCCACAUCAGGGCUUCCGACAGUCUUUGCCGCCGGUCCUGUGGAACUUCGACUCUCGCGGCAACACUACGUAUGGCUCUCCGGGUACCAUGCACAAUGGUUCCGUCGUGGACAUUAUCUUCGAGAAUGAUCAGCAGGUGACGGCCAUGCACCCUUUCCACAAGCACAACAUGAAAGCGUUCAUUAUAGGCAUGGGUGAGGGUGGCUUCCCAUUCGACACCGUGGAGGAAGCUUUGGGUCAUGAAGACUACCGAAAGAACUUCAACUUUCAUGACCCGCCAUUGCGAGAUGGAUGUCGUUUGAAUGAAGGAGCCGGAGCGUGGACGGUCAUCCGCUACCAGAUCACAUUCCCAGCGGCAAGCAUGCUUCACUGUCACCGGAUCCAUCACUUUGGCUCGGGCCAGCAAGUCGUUCUAUUAGAGGGUGUUGAGUCCAUGGCGCCGGUACCGGAUGAGGUCAGGAACAUGGUACAUGCCGACUUCAUCCCGCCGGUCAGGUAUGGACCUUUGGACUAA